GGCAACACUCGCGAGACAGUCUGUCCCGCGCGGGCAUCUUCUUCGCGCCGCCGGCACUUUUUGGGCGCCCUUCUUUCUUUUCCUCCCCCCCCCCCCCCCGCUUUUUUUUCUUCUCGGUUUCUUCUUUCCAUACAUCCCCCCCCCCCCCCCCUCUUAACCCCUCCGCCCACCUGUUGGCGCGCCAUACAACGAACGCGUGCACGGUUUUGGCAAUACGCGAAAGUGUUUGUUUCUUAACCUGCCCCCGCGACACUGUGCCGAUCGGGGCACUGUUUGUUGACCGACCAGGAUCAUCUUCGCGCCUUCCAACAGUGUCGUUUUCGUCAGGGGAGUGGACAGCCGUCUCGUCGUCACCUGGAGCCCACCUGACGUCGAGCUGCUGUUGUUCUCGGUGCGAGAGCGGCGUGGUGGUUGUCCUCGCUACCGUAGUAAGUUCACGUGCUCGCGUCGGCCUUAACCACGCCGCCGCGCGUGUGUGUGCUUCCCUUUGCCAAGUACUCGGCGAUCGUUUUUUUCGCUGCGACUCCGUUGGAACAGCGAGGUGGUGGUGUUGGUGUUGGUGGUGUUGCUGCUGCUGCUGCAAGACGCAAGAUCGAACCGUGGCGACUGUGAUACUGAGGUGCCGACCAUGCGCUGGAUUCGGGCAGACAAGCCGGACUGACCAAUUCUGCCCAUCCGGCUCGAAGCGCACGACCACGUGCGAAGCGAGGAGGCUCUGUCAGCUCGACGACCAGAGUGAAUAGCAAGCGACAUGAAAACCACGAAGCACGUGAUCACUACGCGCCCGCUACCUGCGUGCUCUUAGCUUGGCGUCGUCCCCACCUGGCAUGGAAUGCACGUGAUAGAAGCGAAGCCCACGGUCCAGGACUGCCGAGGCAAGCGAUCGAAAGAUUCGGAGAGCAGGCGUAAUUUUUUCCAAGAACGAGCUCGAACGAAACGGUGCGAGCAGGUUCGGAACUUGAAUGAGACUCAAGUUUUCGUCGACGCGUAGUAGUAGCUUUCAAUAGGGCGCUCUGGCUGGAGUUGGCGCUUGUGACGUCGCCGCGCACUUGGGUGUCCCGGAAGACAGACCCGAGGGACGAGGCCCUGAAGACAAGCGGACGUCUACACUACGAUGGCUCAGCUGAGCCCGUUGACCAGCACCGACAGUCCGCCGCCCUCUCGCGCCGGCAGUAACGGUGCCACAGUGUCCCGGGACCGCGGGUCUGUGUCGCCAGUGUCCUCUCGAAAGAAGCGUCGCCAGAUGCACGACCCGGACUCGAGCGGCGACGACGACAUGAGCCCGACGUCGCUCGCCAAGAGGUUCAUGUCCGACGCCGGCGGGACGUCUUCGCCAGCGACGACGCCUUCGACGGACGUCGCGUCUUCCUUCGAGCUCAUUGACGUCACUGAGGACCGGCGCGACCUGGUGAGCGGCCACGCUGCCGCCGCAGCGGCCGCCGCGGCCGCCCUGGGGCCCAUCACGAGCCUCAGCUCGCCGAACCCGAGCACGCCGGGAGCCCUGGUCGGGGGCUCCGGCGGCGGCUCCUCGUUCGGCGGCGGACCCCCUCCGCCGCCGCCACCGCGGCUGACGCCCUCGUCGGCGGACUUCCAGCCGCCCUACUUCCCGCCCCCGUACAACCUGCCCACGCCGACGCAGCAGCAGCUCGACUUCCACGACCCGUACGCGUCGCACCACCUCAACAGUCUCGCGGGACCGCAGCAGUACCACCAGCUGCACCCGGCCGCGGGACACCAGCGUGGGCUCUCCAGGAGACCCGAGGACGAUCUCCUACAGGCGGUCAGUGCCUGUGCGAACAUGCACCUUCCGGCGUACAGCGAAGGGCGUAGAACCGAACCGACAGCGUACCCUCGGCGGCCCGACGUGCUGGUGCAUCACCCGCACCACCACCUGACUGAGCAGGAUCUGCUGGGACUGCAUGGAGCCGCCGCGGGGCUACCGCCAGGCAUCGUCGAGGAUGGACAGACCAGCCCCUGCUCCUCCGACGACGGAAACGACUUCCUCGAGGCAGGGAGCGUUGACGACACCAGUCUUUUUGGGAGCGACCACAAUAGUGUCAUACGAAAAGGUAUGAAGGUUCGCAACUCUUCGGAGAACCACAAGGACAUGGUGAUCAGCGGGGGCAUGACGUCCCCGACAGACGUGUUCUGCUCGGUGCCCGGCCGUCUGUCGCUGCUCAGUUCCACGUCCAAGUACAAGGUGACCGUGGGCGAAGUGCAGCGCCGCCUGUCGCCGCCCGAGUGCCUCAACGCGUCACUGCUCGGCGGCGUCCUCCGGCGCGCGAAGUCCAAGAAUGGCGGCCGCUCGCUGCGGGAGAAGUUGGAAAAGAUAGGACUCAACCUACCUGCCGGUCGGCGCAAGGCGGCCAACGUUACUCUGCUCACCUCUCUGGUAGAAGGCGAAGCCAUCCACUUAGCCAGGGAUUUCGGUUACGUUUGCGAGACCGAAUUCCCUUCCAGACAGGUGGCGGAGUACCUGUGUAGAAAUCACGCCGAACCAACCGACCUCUACCGCAGAAAAGAAGUGCUGCUUGCCACAAAGGGCAUGGUGAAGGAGUUCGUGGACCUGCUGAACCAGGACCGAUCUCCGCUGUGCAACACGCGGCCGCAGAACAUCCUCGAGCCCAGCAUUCAGCGCCACCUGACGCAUUUUUCGCUCAUCACGCACGGCUUCGGCAGUCCCGCGAUCGUGGCCGCCCUGACGGCCGUGCAGAACUUCUUGAACGAGUCGGUGAAAUACCUCGAGAAGCAGAUCAACAGCUACCCCGGCGGCGCGCCGCCCCACCUGGCCUCCGUAGACCCCAAGAAAGAAGACGCAAAGAAGUAGGCCGCAGCCGUAGCCGCCGCCAAAACCGUAGCCGCACCUGUGGCCCCCGUUUUCGCGAAGAGACAGCCCAGGAAAGUGAGUUGGAGAGAAGAUCUCGGGACAAAGCCUUUCGGAAUCGGAGACCCGUGCCAUUCGUCCGUUUCGCGUAAUCUCCAACCCGACGGCGGUAAUACGAGAAACCUCUCCAGCUACACUACGUGAAGACAACGUGUUGGUCCUGUGACCGUGUGCGUUGUGUGCUGAAUCGCGCCAGCCUGCCUGCCUGCCCGCUUGCUUGCUUGCUGCCUCCGGUUGUGCUAGCCGCUCCUUGCAGGGUGCGUGAAAGUUUGACACGACGCGAGAGCGCCUGCUCGGUAUGCGACAAUACGGAAAUUCGAGAGAAGUUUGUCAUGUCAAACGCAACGAGCCCGACCGUCGUCACGCACGACAGAAAUUCGAUGAAGUACGACUCCGGUCGCGCGACAUGCGUUCUCAUAUCACAUUCAUUCCAGAGCAGGGAUAAAAACAAAAACAAAUUCCUCGAUAGGAACGAGACGAUCGGACUUGAUCGCGGUCCUCUCCCGGUCCGAGAUUGAGCGAUUCCGCCGGCAGGCAAUAUACUAUACAGGGUGUGCCGGCAGCAUUGAACACGCUUUGGAAACCUCGGGGCGUUGGAAAGGCAGCAAGCAACAGGGGGCGCCAGCAGCCGAUGGAAGGGAGUGCGUGUGGGAGGGCUAAACGGUUUGGGAAAUGUGCUAUAUCAUCGCCGGGCGCCGGGCCGCCUCUGUGCUGUGAUAUCAACGAAGAGGACGGCGUCAGAGCGGCGACUUGCACCCGCGGCUAGUGUGAACAGUGCUACGCGGCCCUUUCGAGCUGCAGAAACGUUGUCGAAGUACCGGGCGACCUCUUCUUCUGUCUUCUCUCUUCGCGUCCCCUCCAACGUUGGAAAAAAGAAGAAAAGACCCUGACACGCGCGCGCCAAAAGAACUGCAUUCAAGGAGCCCCCUCCGAGCCAGCGUUUUAAGCAGAGGCCACGAGGCCUUCGCUGCAGCCACAGAGCGACUCGCGUCGCGGCGUCGUUCUUCUCUAUCUGUAUCCUGGGUGCCAUAUGUGUACAUGUCGUGGAACGUCCCCGCGAGUCACGUGCCACAGCCUCGAGACGGCGCCUCCGCAUCUUCGUCUUCUUCAUGGCCGAUGACGGCGAGGCACACUCGCGCCUCAUCUCGCGGAGGAGGGACGUCGUCGAAAGCUCAAAUUGUUGCCAAAGCGAGAGCAUACUCGCCCCACCCUUUCGACUCACGGACACAAUCUGCGUUCUCUUGUCGUAGAGCUUUGUUUUAUUUCAUGCUUUAUUAUUAUUAUUUUUUUAAAUCCUAUAGUCCUUCGUGUGCCCGGCCGACGCUCGGCCAUAUGUGUGUGUGGCUCUCUGUACUCGCCUGGACCUUCCUAGCAUCAUCUUCUUCUCCUUCUUAGGUGUGUUCUUGUCACUUUGCAGAAAAACUCUUUGCUCACUGUGUCUUCUCAGUGUUUCUCUUUGUGUGCGUCCGGAUGCCAGAACCGGGGUUCGAGUGUUUUCGUUGUCAUAUCGCGUGGGCGUAAAAGUCGACCGAAUCAUUUACACAUCACUUUUACGCUCCAAUAGAAACAAAGUUCUGUCCGUACGACAGCCAAAAAAUGUGAGGCGUUUAUUGGCAGAGCCGCGAAUGCACCUUUCUGGAUGUACGUAUCAGCAGAGAAAUUUUAUUACAUCAUACUGGCUGCUUUUAGUAUACUCGACGCAUGGCCACACUAGCGCUUAAAACUCUCGCCAGCACCGCAAACAGAUGGGCGGCAAGUUUUUUCUUCCGCACAGCAAAUGGCGGAAGUAGUCUCAGAACCAUUAUUUUGCUGCUCGCCGGCUUGCCAGGCACUGCAGGUCGAGUAGACCAACCAGAAGCAUCCGACUCAUUCACGUGGGUAAUUGAUGAAUAAUCACUUCUAAUGGCAUCAUUUCUGAAACGUCGUGGCGACGAGUAGUCAUCUAGCCUUCGGGAGCUAACCAGCUGUCGCUAUGGACUGUGUCAAUGGACUGUGUCAUUAAGCGCAGCGCGGAACUAAACCCCCUCGGUCGGCCUCGCCAAAAAUCACCGCUAAUCCCAGCCGGAGCGAUAAAGUGGCGAUAUCACGUGACUUGCGUGGCGGCUGAGAUGACGAGUCUGUACAGCCAAAUAUCAUUACAAGGUCAUAGGCCGUCCGCGGAGGCCUAUGACGGUUUACGGAAUACCGCAACACCGGAAAUGACGUAGACGGCAGCAGCAGCAUUGGUAGCGCCAUAUUGUGACGCUUUCUUCGACCAGAACGCUCUCUAACCGUUUUUCGUGUGGCGUCAAGGUCAAAGAAAGAAAUCUAUUGCACGCUAAUGACUGCUGCCGACACCUUUGCAACAGCUGCUCGGUACAACAUUUAUAGCUGCAAUUAUAGCUCUUGCGGGGCCUCUAAGAUCGGUCGCCCAGUCUUGGAGGCCAUGCUCUCCGUGCUCUAGUUGACGCCACUGUCACAAGAUGGUGCCACCAGCCUUGCUGUGCUAGGGACCUUAUGCUGUACACGUCUGUACCUCCGAUAUUCCAUAAACUGUUAACGGAUAAACUGUAACUCCAUUGUCGCGUUCUGACGCGAGCGCCUUUCCCCUAGUGUGGCCGUACGUUAAGCCUAACGUCCGGACUCGGAAAGUCCGGCACGCUGGUGCGUCUCCUAGCAUCUGAAUCGGCGUAGUCUGGAACCUUUCAAAGGCACCGGAACCGUUCUGGCUGAUGGAGCCGUCACUUUCGUCGCCCUAUGGCAACUCAAGGCAAUAAUCAUCAAGCAAUGCACUUCUUACAUGUUGUAUCUAGUGGCCGUGUGAAACUUUUUUUUUUUCUCACUGUGCUGUACCAUACACGAAUGGCGAGUGAUAGCUAUAAAGAGAGGAAGCAGGAGGCAGCGUGUUUUUCUUUUGUUGCUUACGUCACAGUAUUCACGUCGUCACCAGUGUCUGCGGUGCGACUAAUUGCUCAUAAGAUACUGAAUGAAUUCUCAUCUUGACGUCAGAGCGCGCCGAAAAUAUUGUGGGGUGGUGUGAAAAGUUUUAUAUUUAUUGGUAAAAUACUGUGUUCACUUGUUUUUUUUUUUUUUUUCUUUAAUCGUCGUAACGCCGUUGCAUUCUUUGCUGUGCGGCGUGUCUCAAUCUUUAACGAGGCAUGCUGGCUUAUUUUGAGGCUAUGCUAUUGUGUCAGAAAUUAUUUUUGAGUGUUCUACGAUUACCCAAGGUGCAAUACAUGCUCAUUGAGUGAAUGGCUGUGCAGUCGACGUAGCCGUAUUGUGUGCGAUACAUUUUUUUUAUUAUUUGUCUGUUUUCACUUGCUCAUACAACUGUUGCUGGCAACCUUUCAAACUUCCCAUUUUACUUUACCAUUUCACAAGAGGCGGCACUAAGCUAAUUCCAUUCUAUGUUGAAUUUGAGAAAAAAAAAUGCAAACUACCUCAGUGGCCGCCCAAAAGUGUCGAAAUAUUUGAUGGCUUUUAAAAAUCACUCGAACAAAUAUCGAUCAACAGUUGCAUUCACAGAUAGGCUUUAGAAUAUUUUACGCGACACUCCUGAAGAGUCACUUUCCGGAGCUCUCUAUUGACGUAUUAGUCACUGGUAACUUCCAGUGCGCAUUGUGUGAAUGCAGCACAUUUUUACAGUAGUUUUUUUUUUUUUUUUUUUUUUUAGUUCGCCCUCAUUUGAGUUCACGCGCUCAGCGCUUUUUUAGGUUUACAUUUUGCUGUGGACCUUUCCAAAUCGUGGCGUUUUCUGCAGAAUUUUGCUUCUCGCAUCUACAUGCAUUGGGCCUCAACUGCAAGAAAAGCUUGUACCAAUGAACUGAUAUAUACAUAUGCCUCGAUGGCCCGUGAUUCAAAGGUUUGGCGCUCAGUUCUGCAUACAUCUUUUUUUUUUUUUUCGCACGAUGCUUGUAAAAUGACCUGAUACCAAAUUAGUGGAAAUAAAGUGUUUUGUGCGGAGAUUUUUUUGUAUGUUACAAAUCUUGGCCUGAUGGCAAAGAUAUUUUCAUCCGUGUACGAUUUUUUUUUUCGCAGAAACAUACACCAAAUCUUUUCAUUCGCGAAAGGUAUUAUUACUCAUUAAUUUCUUACCAAAGAACACGAUAUGGUCAUCCGACAUUUUCUUAACGCAGAAGUGAAACGAGUGGUGGUUGUUUUAUUUUUAAACUUUGAGUUCAAAGUACGUGUCUCGCAUAUAAAAGUAAAAAUAAACAGAAAAGAACGUUCAGUGCUUGUACAUUUUUAUAGCAUCAAGGCAUAUACAGUCUGUCCCAGCGUGCCACAAUUUUUAUGUACAUAUUAACUGUAUAUAUCAGCAAAGAGCCUGUCUAGUUUUUAAUCCACAAGCUGCUAUCGUACACCUUGGUAUUCACUUUGCAAACUCUACUUUUCCCUUUUCUCGGAAUUUGCGUUUAAACCGUCGGAGAGAUAUUAUUUAGGAAAUGCUCAAUUCCACGCUUUUACUUUAUCUUCUGUUGGUAUUGUCUGGAUGGGUGUAGCAUUUCUGAAAUAGUAUAUCGCGUUUUGGGUGUGCGAUUGACUUGAGUGUACAUAGCAGGAGGCGGUUUCGUGUUUGGCGCAAUGUUUUCGUCGUAGUGUAAUUAGGUGACAGAACAACAAGUUUUCCUUGAGUUGGCUGCGCCGCCGGGACCUCGGAUAGUUUUAGCAUGUCUGCAAACUCGUGAGUGUUUAUGGAAUACGGAAACACCGGAAACGCCUCUGGCAGAAACAGCGCUGGUAGCUUCACCUCGGGACGCUUUCUUCAAUCAUAAAAGCUGUAGCAUGAUUGCGCGCACCAGCAACCCUGCCAGCGCGCGCAACUUGGAGGCCAUGACUGUAGAAACAGCCAUGCAUCGCGCCACGGUUCACGCAGAAGGGGAAAAAAUAAGAAUACCCCUAUCCUCUAAUGAUUGUCGCUGCCAACGCCUUUGCGCCAGCAGAUAGGUAGACCACGCUCGUUGCAAUUAUAAUUCAGUGCCCUGUAGUUGAAGUAAAUAUCACGAGAUGGCGCCACCAAUACUGUCGCCCACGUCUGCGUCUCCGGUGUUCCGUUAUUCCGUAAGCUGGAAUACAGUUGGCGGGAUAACAGAACUUCCGUGAACUGUGAAUGCUUAUUACGGAAAGCCAAAUCUUGGUUCUUUAUCUUUCUCUCUCCCUCUAUCGUAUGUUUUUUUUUUAAUGCAUUUCAGCUCAAGGUCAGUGUCCACCACGCAUGUUUAUAUAUCUCGGGAAAACUGCAGGGCUAAGUAGUGACGAAAACGUUUGAUGAGCUGUUCAUUCCCGUCUUUUCUCACGCUCAGCAGGCUGACGUCACGUUUCUCAACCUAUUAGAAAACUGUUUCCGCCUCUAUUUCAGCUCACUGGUUGUCGUGAGAAGCAUGCAAACGCACGCUUUGCACUUUUUGCCCUGUCUUGAAGAAUGAGAUACCGGAGUCGCAGUGUGGCCACUGGCCACUCUCGAUAGCCACUAUGCGCUGUCGUCGUUAAAUAUACCGAGACGCACAGGGAGUUCGAAUUCAGUCAUUUCCUUAUGAGCCAAGCGAUAGACUAUAUGCGAAACACUUAACCAGCAAUCUAAUCAAUCUAGUAGGCGUGGAUACAAAAGAAUUGGCUAGCGCAAAUAGUGACGUAGACAACCUUAGAGCUUGUCUCCAUGCUGUUCUGGCGUCGAUGUCCCUAUUUCCUCCAGUCGCGGUUAUGGAUGCGAAGUACUGUUAAGCUGCCUUUCCCGCACAUUUCCCUUGCUCCCUACAAGAUGGCCGACCUCCGCACUUAUUGGAAGCUGAAAGUCGUUUGCAAGACGGAGCGAGGAUGGCGAGAGGAAAAGAGAGUAGCAAGACCGAUGGGGUAGCGGGGUUUUGCGCGCAUAUACUUCUAUAGCUACUAUCGGCGCGCAAAGCUCUGUUGACACAUAUUGCGGUCUUUAGGACAGACUGGCCUUCAUGAUCGCCUUCGGUCACGUGACGUUUUUUUUUUCUUUCUUGCGCGCGCCAUCUGUUCAGGGAAUCCAUUCGUUCUCUCGUCUUUCUGUGCCCUCUUUCUCCCGUUUCCUUUUGUAGGUUAGCUAACCGGGGGCUUUCUCGGUUAAUCCAGUCUGCAUCCCUUCAAGUUCUCCCUCUAGCGCGACGACCGCCUUCUUGUGCAAUUAAAGCUAAAUAUGUGAACAAGCGCACUUGCGGAAUUUCAAUCUCCUAUCGUCACUGAGUUGGGUGGCUUGCAGGGCGCCGAGGUGUCGAGACAUGCGCUGACUAACAACGCAAAAGAGCAAAUGUUUAAUCAAAUCCAUGAGGACCCAAGGUGGCAGGAAACGCAACAAAAUGCAUCUUCAGAUAUGCGUCGAGAUAACGUGUUAUCAGUGCAACAAAAACUGCGCACCUCCGGCACACGCUGUCCCCAUUUAUCACACGCUUCUGAGAUAUCUUGUUCGCCGUCUCGUCUCUAUACUUAUGGACAUUAUCUUGUGUUUGAAAUCAUCUUGGAGCAUCUGCAUUUCGUAUACAAUUGAAAAGAUGACUGACAUUUCAAGGAGAUUGCCUAUGAGCCCUCAACUUUUCUGUCCACAGCACCACAGAUUCUUCCAGCUUGUUUGUUGCUGAAGAAGCAACACAUGUAUGGCAUAUUUAGCUCGAACAUUCAUAAAACGAUGUGAUGCAACAUGUAUAUUAAAUACUGAUGGUUUUUUUUUCUUCUUUUUUUCACGAGCAUUUCUUUCUAUCUUGCAGAAAGUCAGAGCGUCCGAUUACAACUUUCCUAAAUUCUUUAUCUAAGUGAAUAUCAGAAUAGCACGACUUUGAAAGCAUGUUUGCGACACAGCAUACCCAGGAAUUCGGGACAUUGCCGCUUGGUACAUCUGUUGAACUUCACCGCAGUGCAUCGAAGUAACUCAUAGGCAGCCUUCUCAAAAAAAAAUUAUACUUUAAGUAAUCGGCCAAAUUUCAACACCUUUCAGUUAGGAACGUCGAGAGCGUACUCCCUUCUAAUAAGAUACGCAUUUACGGCACUUAGUCGUAACUUCCCUGCUGCGUUAUAGCAGUGUUUUGAUAAUGCUGCCAUUCAGUUGCGCUGGCGCAUUGCGGUGAAGUUUGACAAAAGGCCAAGAAGGUCAGGAAUCCGUUGGACAUGUGUAGGUUUCAUUCAACUAGUGUGGGCACGACUUGGUAGAAGCAAAACACCUUAGAAGAAUGCAUAUUGUGGAAACGUGUACAGUUAAACCGAAUAUUCAGGUGUAUAAAUUGCACAGCCAUCUAGGUACUUCAGAUGCGAUCUUCAAUCCUGAAUCAUCUCUGCAUAACUUAAGCAGGCUAAUUUUACGUUUCUAAUAAACAAAACGUGAAUAGAUAAGUCAUAUGAGACACGUCUGUUGCGAAUACUCCGGUUUGGUUGCCACAGUUUGAAAUCGCCUAUUACCAGGUGCUUUUUGUUGUGUUACCUGUCGCGCCUGACUCACCUGUAUACUUAAACAUUUGCUUUCAAUAAACCUUGAGUUGUUAAUUCAG